AUGCGGCCAAGCGCCCUGGGUCACGUGCUGCGGGCGGCUUCCCAGCCAAUGAGCGGAAGGCGCGGGGCGUGCGGCGUCUGUUGCGUCCGUUGCCUAGGCGACAGUUGGGCCUGCUUCGGGGGCGGCGGAGGCGCCCUCAGGAGGGACUCCGUCUUCAUGGCACAGCGGCGGCUGGCUGAGGCCUUGCAACGUUCGCGUGACCUGGUGCUUGUGGAGUGCUGCCCAGAGCCGGCCGAGUGGGAGGAGGAGGGGUCUUACUCCCCCACCAGCCUGAUUGCUCCCCACCACAUCCCCCUCCGCAAAGACAGCCACGGCAUCUACAGCCUCGGCUUUGCCCCUGAUGGUGGGCAGCUGGCAGCCGGCUUUGGCAAUGGUUCCGUGCAGCUGGUGGACAUGGCCACAGGCUUCCCAGGUCCCUCCUUGUUCCCGGGGCACCGCGUGCGCCACGCCAUCACCGCAGUGAGCUUCCAUCGGCUGAAGCCAGGGCUGCUGUUGGCUGCUGGAGCAGAUGGGGUGAUCUCCACCUACAGCCUGCCGUCUCCGUAUCCCGUGGCGUCCUUGACAGAGAAGGCAAAUGAAAUCAAUGCUCUGGAUGUCUGCCGGGAUGGCAGUGCUUUUGCUACUGCCGGCAAAGACCGGCACAUCCGGCUCUAUGACAGCCACACCAACCAGCUCUUCCACAUCAUGGAGGCCCCCGACUUCAUGGCCGGGGACGAGUUCACGCCCCACAGCGGCCAUUCCCGGCGGAUCUUUGCCUUGUGCUUCCACCCCACGGAACUGCAUCUCUUCCUGACGGGGGGCUGGGACAACUCGGUCAAAGUGUGGGACAAACGUGUGACCAAGAGGGCACAAGGCAUGCUCAAUGGGCCUCACAUCUGUGGCCCAGGGAUUGACGUCAAGGGAAACCAGGUCCUGACGGGUUCAUGGGUGCCCCGCCACGCCCUCCAGCUGUGGGACUUGCGCACGACUCGGCUGUGUCAAAACCUGCCCUUUCCUGGGAGCCCCGCGCAGGGGGAGUUCCUCUACUCGGCCCGGUUCUGCGCAGGGAGUGUGGCGAUAGCCGGUGGCAGCGGCACCUGUGGCGCCGGCCUUCUUCAUGUCGGCACGGGUCAGGUGGUUGGGGAGAUCCCCCUGCCCAACAAGCCUGCUCACGUGGUGGCUUCAGCACCCGGAGGACAGUUGGUGGCUGUGGCUGGCGCAGGAGGAAACCUCCACUUGGCAGAGCUGAGCUGAACCGAGAGGCCUCCACCUCGUCAGAAAGCAGAGCAGAAUGCGGCUAUGAGCAGCCAGGCAGGCAGGCAGGGCCCUUAAAGCCGCUGGGGCUGGUCAGUGGACUCUUCCGCCCCUUCCUGCAUGGCUCUGCCCGGACUCUUCACUGGUCCUCUGCCUGGGCAGUUCUCCCCCAACGUUGCCUUGGACUCCCCCAGUCCUGAGCCCUCCUUGCAAGCCAAGCUCAGGCUGGGUAGUGGAAGACGGGCUUUGCUUCUCCAGCAUUUGUACAAUAAAAGCUUUUGUGCCCGAG